AAACCUGACCGAUGAAACCGUUUCUUCUAUCUCUCUCUCACACUCUUUUCUGAUAGUCAGUGCGCAAAUACUGAGAACUUGUUGGUUUCUACAGUCAGAAUCCAGUGCAACUGCUAUGGAGCUAGUACAAAUUAAUAUGGGCUUUUGAAUGAAACAUGAUUGUGGACUUUUUUCACAAUGGGGAAUGUCGUCGGUAAAGCUGCAAAUGGCAUUGGAGGUCUUCUUGGACAUGCUUUUGUAGCUCCUAUUAAGACUAUCUUUGGUGCAUCAUGCGAGGGAGUUUGUUCAGGACCGUGGGACGUAGUAUGUUUCAUUGAGCAUUUAUGUGUCUCCAAUCUUGUGAAACUUUUAAUGGUCCUGGUCCUUUGCUACAUACUAUUAUUGUUCUUCUACUUAUUGUUCAAGGUGGGGAUCUGCCAAUGCAUAGGAAGAAGCCUUUGCAAGAUGUGUUGGGCAGCAUGUGAGACAUAUUGGUUUGCUUUAGAAGACAUUACCUUUUUCUUGUGGCACAAGUUAAAGAACACCAAGAGGAUUAACCGCCGGCACCGGCGCCGUUUUCAAGAUUUUGAAAUGGGGUACAGUUCAUGUGAUGAUAGUGAUUUUUCAGAUAAAUAUGGUAAUUUGAAUCUCAAUACAAAGCGAAAGACGGCUAGAGAGAGAGGAAAGGAUCGGCUUCGAAGCUCUCUUUACCCUUCAACUAGGCAUAGUAGCUGCCACCACCAUCGCCAUCAUGGAAGGUUGAAGACUAGGGAGGUAUCCGUCCAUGUGAAGGGUGGGUCUCAAGGAUUAAGGAGCUCAAGACAUCUUCAAUUGAGUAAGGUAAGAAAUACUCAUAGAGAGGCUGGUAUUUUCAAGCGGAGGCGACUUAAUUAGAUGAUCAUGAUAGUAUCUUUAGUUGAACAUUUGUGGCAGUGUUUAAAAUUGAAGCACUAGUGAAUUUGUUUUUCAAUAUUUUGAUAUGCUAUUACUCUUUUCUUAUGCUCCGUUUGUUUCGGCGUAAAAUGAUUUCGAUAUUUUUCGAUGUUUGAUAGGGGCGAAAAUAAUGGUCAACCGAAAAAUGAUUUCCGUUUGACAAAAAAUGCUUAAUAAAUUUCGAAAAAUGAUUUACGCUUUUUAAAAGCGUAAAUAAUUUUCCAUAAAUGGUAGAUGCAAUCGACUCUCUUUUAAACAACGCAGUCGACCUUUAUGUUCAAGCAGUUCACUAUCGCCGGAUUCCGACACUGGUCGGUGUCGAAAUCCGACAAAUUAUGCUGAAAUCCAGCGAUGUCCGGCAACUGUUGCCGGAUUUCGACAGUACAGUGCUAGAUUCCGGCCAAGCUGGCCGGAGCCGCCGGAUCUCCGACCAUUUGGGCGGGAUACUGGCUGGAUCCCCAGCAAGACCUGGACGGAUCCGACUGUUUUGGCCGAAUCUCCGUCCAGUCCGGCCGGGAUCCUCCCAGAACGGCAGGAUUCCGGCUAGUUGGCCGGAAUCUGGCCAGGACUGCCGGCUUCCGGUCAACUAGCCGGGAUCCGGCCGUUUUGUGCCGAAUUUCGGCAAAGAUUGUCGGAAUCCGGCACAAAUGGCCUGAUUCCGGCCAUGUUUGCCAGAAUUUGUAUGAAAAAUAUUUUUAUAUUAUUUUAUAUUAAUAUUUUUUAUUUUGUGAAUAAAAUUAAUUUUUUUUAAAUUAAUAUGAUUAAAUUAAAAUAUAAAAAAAUAUUUGUAAUUUUUAGUACGCGUCAAACACUGAAAAAUGAUUUGGACGAAAAAUAUUUUUCUAAAAAUAACUUUCUUGAAAAUAUUUUACGACGGA